GGGAUGGAGGGAAUCAAAGUUUUCCUCCAUGACAGGGAACUUUGGACGAAGUUUGAUGAAGUGGGGACUGAAAUGAUCAUCACCAAGGCUGGAAGGAGGAUGUUCCCCAGCUACAAGGUGAAGGUCACGGGACUCAACCCAAAAACCAAGUACAUCCUGCUGAUGGACAUCGUGCCCGGGGAUGAUCAUCGCUACAAAUUUGCAGACAACAAAUGGUCGAUAACGGGAAAGGCAGAGCCGGCGAUGCCCGGGAGGCUGUACGUCCACCCGGACUCUCCAGCCACCGGGGCGCACUGGAGCCGCCAGCUCGUCUCUUUUCAGAAGCUCAAGCUCACCAACAACCACCUGGACCCCUUUGGACACAUAAUACUCAACUCCAUGCACAAAUACCAGCCUCGUCUCCACAUUGUCAAGGCGGAUGAGAAUAACGGCUUCGGAUCCAAGAACACGGCUUUCUGCACCCACGUCUUCUCUGAGACAGCCUUCAUCGCUGUCACAUCCUACCAAAACCAUAAGAUUACACAGUUGAAGAUCGAGAAUAAUCCUUUUGCAAAGGGCUUCAGAGGCAGCGACGACAAUGAGCUGCACCGCAUGGCCAAGCUACAAGGUAAGGACUUCCCUGUGGUCCCUCGCAGUACUGUCCGUCAGAGGGCCUGCUCCACCGGGAGUCCCUUCAGCGGUGAGGGUCGGGGUCUGCGAGGAUCCCCAGAUGCUGUCCGAUCCCCUUACAGCUGCGAGAACAGCUUAAACAGCAGCAGCCCCCAGGAGCUGCUGAGCGCUGCCCCCGCACACUACAUCCUGCCUCAUCCUCACCUGCAGCACGGCCAACAGCCGCAGGUGUACCACUGCACCAAGAGGAAAGUGGAGGACAACUGCUCUUCAGGAAACCGCCAACACCCGUACAAGAAAGCCUUCACUGGUAGCUCACCAAGUGAGGGCGAGUCUUACUAUCACCCCUCCUCCUACCCUCCUCCUCCACCGGGCCUCUCCAACAACCCUGCCCUGGGUCUCACUGACUCCCCCUACAGCUCAGACAUGGGACAGCGUCAGGCGUGCAUGUUUGCCGGCUCAGAGCCCAGACUGGAUGAACUCAACUGUGCAUCCUGGUCAUACACCUGCCCGAUCCCCUCUGCCAUGACCCCUAUGGAACCUUACCCACCUUACACCCCUCAUCCUCCCUACAGCUCCAGCCCUCAGGGCUCUCGACUCAGCACUAUAGCCCACCAGAGCUCUCCGCCGCUGGGAGAACACAUCACCCACGACCCUUAUCAGAGCCAGAGCUCCGGACCUCCCUCUCAGAGCUCCCAAAACAUUCACAGCAGGCAGCUCAGCCCUCCUCUCAGAGAGUAUCCUCGCUACACGCCCAACCUGUCUCCUCCUCUCUACCACACAUUAGAGACACACACACACAUCAGGUGUGGAGUCCCAGAAUGGAGUGCAGCCUCCUAA